AUGUUUAGUGCAUUGAAACGAUUUGGAAUCUUUGAAACCUUUUUUAAAGUUCCAUCAGCCCAAAUGACCACAUCAAGUUUAGGCCAGAACCAUGGCCAAUACCGGGAGCAAGUAGAGGCCCAAUUGAGAGAAAACAAAGAGCGUUUGGAGGCUCUUACGCAUGAAGGAUCGCAAAUUGGGUUCACAGUGGAUCCCAAGGAGACUCCCAAAGCAAAUCCGGAUUUGAAGGUGUUUUUCUUCGAUAUCGACAACUGUCUUUACAAGAGAUCAACCAAAAUUCAUGAUCUUAUGCAAGUGUCCAUUCACAGAUAUUUCAAAAAUGUGCUUCAAUUAGACGAUAAGGAAGCCCAUAAACUGCGUGAGACUUAUUACAGGGAAUAUGGUCUUGCUAUUCGCGGUCUGGUCAAGCAUCAUGACAUUGGAGCCAUCGAAUAUAACAAAAUGGUAGACGAUGCUCUACCACUGCACGACAUACUAAAGCCCGAUCCAGCACUGCGAAAGAUGCUGAUCGAACUGAGAAACUCCAAUACGGUGGACAAAAUGUGGUUAUUCACCAAUGCCUACAAAAACCACGGAUUACGCUGCGUCAGACUCUUGGGAGUUGCAGAUCUUUUCGAUGGUAUAACGUAUUGUGACUACUCACAAAGGGACAAUCUGGUUUGUAAACCAGACCCACAAGCGUUUGAACGAGCCAAGCUACAGAGCGGUUUGGGAGACUACAAAAACGCCUGGUUUGUGGACGACAGUGGUAGUAAUAUACAAACUGCGAUAUCGUUGGGGUUCAGGAAGAGUAUACACUUGAUAGAAGAGGAAGUGGACGAAUUGUUGGGCCAAAAUCCGGAGGGCUCAUUAAUAAUCAAGACCAUCGAAGAUUUGCCGCAAGCAGCGCCUGAACUGUUUUUAUAA